UUUUUGCCUCGAGUCCUUGACCACUCUAUAUAUAUACCCACAAAGCUAGAUAUCUUCUUUCAACCAAAAAUCAACACUAAAGUGGUACUGUCAUCUACAAUGGCUCUCAAGCUUCUGCUACUCCUAGUGGCAACUCUUCUUCUAGUGUCUACCAAGGCCUUCCCAUUUUUCCCAAGUAAUGAUGAAGAAUACAGUACACAGGCUUUAACUGUAAGCCCAUCAGUCCCAGUGCCAGUGCCAGCACCUGCGCCGGCUGUCCCAGUGAAGGCACCCACUCCUGCACCGCUAGUUAAACCAUCACCACCACCACCAGCGGCCCCGAAAGUUCCCACUCCUUCCCCUCCAGUAAACCCUCCUACCAAACCAAUGCCUAAAAUCAGGACAAUAGCCGAUUGUGUUCCUUUGUGUGGAGAGAGGUGCAAAGCACACUCGCGGCCGAAUGUAUGCCAAAGAGCUUGCAAGACUUGCUGUGUUCGAUGCAAAUGCGUGCCUCCGGGAACUUACGGCAACCGAGAGAUGUGUGGAACUUGCUACACUUCCAUGAUGAGUCGCAACAGACCCAAGUGCCCCUGAAAUGCUCUGUCACUUCUCAAGCCUACUUGAUUUUAGUAUUGAAGUAAGCAAGUAGUUGGUUUGCUAGUAGUAAUCUUUGUCAGACGAUAUUCAGUUCAUAAUAUUAUUAGAUUUUGUCUAGUCAUGAUCUGUACGACUGUAGACUGUAAUUUAAUGCGAUUCUAAUAAAAUAAUGCUUUUUAGAAGUUUUGUU